AUGUCAGCCAAGAUUGCAGAGCCUACUCCUACAAACCACAACGAUGACGACAGGCAUGACGAUAACUCUCCAUCACCCAGUCAGCCUGAUAGACCAGUCGAUAACACCGCCAAGCCGACCCAGGAUGGUGGGAAAACUUCACCGAGCAUUCCGGACGCGACCGCGACUAAGGACGUAACGAUUGGGGGAGUGGUCCUCCCCAUCAACACUCCCAAGCCGACUCAGGCAAGGCCCGAUAGCCCGAACGACGAUAAUCACGAUCAGAUUCCUCCAGUGAUCAUCAUUGGAACCGUAACAAUCACACGAGGGCAGACGAAGACCAUCAACGGCGUGCCUGUGGUCGUACCUACAAAUGGUGGAGGAACACAGAUCGUUGUAGAUGGCAGCACGGUUGCUCUCAAUCAGGCUCCGACGCAAGCUCCCAAUCCGGCUCCGACGCAAGGUUUACCUGUGCUCAUUGUUGGUGGGGGGAUCGUCACACCAGAUUCGAAUGGAAAUUACGUUCUGGGGUCCGAGACGUUGAAGCCGGGCGGCCCUCCGAUCACUAUUAACGGGAACACCGUCAGCAUGGCACCGGACGGCUGGGCUAUUGUCAAUGGAGCCACACAGACUAUCGCAAACCUUCCGGCGCUUACCGGAGCCCCCGCUUUGACGGUCGGCAGUCAAGCCGUCUCAGCAACCGUAGUGGGAGGCUCAACAGUCUUUGUUGUAGCGCCUGGUCAGACGCUUAGUGCAGGAAGCACACUUGUCGUCGAUGGCACGACUUACAGCAUGCCGGCAGAGGGUCACGGGUCAACCCUUGUCGUCAACGGCCAGACUUCGAUGUUGAAUGCUGGACAAUCAGCAAUUACUCUCGACGGCGGGAGAUCGGUUACUGCGCAAGUCGUCAGCGGCACGACAGCCUAUAUUCUCGCUCCUGACCAAACCCUCACACCUGGUGGCGUCCUCACGAUCUCGGGGACCACAUACUCCAUGCCAACGGGUGCAUCCGGUUCUGUCAUCGUCGUCAACGGUGUUACAUCCACUUUGGCUGCUGUACAACACGUUCAGACUCCGCUUCUACAACGAGAAGUCGCGACGCUGGAGAUUUGA